AUGACUACAGUAACCCUCUUAUUUGCAGUCUCCCAUCCCUUCCAACCCUCUACCAACACCACUGAACCUGAUUGGGUCUCCUCAUUCGUCUCCCCAGUAACAUCUGAACAAAUGGAAAAUGUUGCGAUUCGACAAGGACCGCGUGCCUAUGAUAUCCCGAUAUUCCGGAAGCCGCUGAAUUUUUACUAUAGAAUUUCUAGUCCUGAACCACCAAAAGUUUCCAAAGUUCCAACUCGUUUGCAAAAACGGACCAACUCGACGGCCUCGACUGCUUCGAGUAGCAACAGAAGAUCUAAUGAUCGUCCGCCAUUUCGAGUCUCGAUUUACUGUGGAAUGGCUUUUCUGAACUGCCCGAGGGAUUGCAUCACAUCGAAUGACGUCUUGAAUUUUGUUCUCCACCACUUCAAAUUCUUCCGAAAUGUUAAAGAGAUCCACUCUACCAUCUGCAAAAAUUUGAAAGACAAAACGGAAAAAUUCGUUCGCGUCGUGAAUGCAGGAGAGCAAUUCGGGAAUAUGAAUACAUACACUCUGAAACCAGGAGCCGACCCGAAGACGUGGCUCACGACACGCGAUAGAUACUAUAUGGAGCACAUUGAUACGAGAGGAAAAGAAUUCUACGAUAGAAUCUUUAUCGGAGACGUCGGUUUGCCACGUCAACUCUUUUAUUCUGUCAUCGGUCGAAAGUUCCCGAAUCUGGCAGGUCCGGAGAACUCUGCUCUCUUCUAUCAUCUCGUUUCUAUGAAGAUGAAUCCGUGGAAUCAAAAACUCUUGUUCCGCGAAUUCAAAGAUACGGAGCACUCUGGAAAUGAGCCCAAGUUCAUUGAGAGUCAGUAUCUCCGUUAUGAUGGACGAUCGAUGAGGGAGCAAAAGAAAUGGGACUCGAAUGGAGCUGGUAUUCCAUUUUAUCGAGAUGCUAAAUCAUUUCUUGAUAAAAUCGAGAAAUACUAUCAACUCCAGAAGACCUGCAAGGCUCGGGAACUCGACAAUUGGACAACACCUUCUUCAGAUGACGUGGCAAAAAUUCUUGAAAUCAUUAUCUAA